UACCCUUAGCCAGGUUAUAGGUCAUGCAAAGAUGGCGAGCACCAUGGACUUUUUCCCCGGUGGUGCCGAAGACGAUUUCGACGAUGACGAUGAUGAUGGAUUUAUCCUAGGCUGUGACAACAAUCAUAUCAAUUAUGACCACGCAAAAAUUUCACAGUGGAGUAAUGAAGAUGUAAAUACAAACAAUAAUUUUCAACAGCCAGAUAAUGUUGGAAAAGGAGGAUUUGGAGCACCUCAAAGGAAAUCUGCUCAGAAAAAUGUCCCAGAUAAGGCUAACCAGAAGAGGCCAGUAAACAGAAAACUUGGUGUUGAUGAUUUCAGAAUGGCUAUAACUAGAGGAAAUAUGGAUAUCAUCACAGAAUCUGUUGCUAAUGGUUUUGAUGUUAAUACUGUUUUGAAAUGUGGUUGGACUGGAUUGAUGUAUGCAGCCAAUUCAGCUAACAAGCAGAUCGUAGAAUUUUUGGUGAAUAAAGGCGCCAAUGUAAAAUGUCAUCAUGAUAUGUUUAAUGUACUGAUGGCAGCAUGUUCAUCGACAAUCAGCAAGCAAGAAAACAUACUGUCAUGUGUAACAAUACUUAUAGGUGCUGGGGCAGAUGUAAACAGUCAUGAUAGAUACCACAUGUCACCAUUGAUUUAUGCUGCCAGGGAAGGAAGAGAACUCAUAGUAACUAAAUUACUGGGCUGUGGUGCAAAUAUUAAUAAACAAGAUAGUCGAGGCUGGUCUGCACUGAGUUGGUCUGUUAGUAAAAACCAUGUGAAAGUUGUAAAGGUUUUAUUGGACCAUGGUGCUGAUAUUAGUAUGAAACAAUGUGAUGGACAAACCCCUCUGGAUCUAGCUGUCUCACAACAAUAUGAUGAGCUUGCAGCAUUGCUGGGUGGAGAAGUGAAAAGAAAAUCAAACCAUUUAGAAGCAUCAAAUAUAGAGUCCCAGAAAAUCACAAAUGGUGAGGUGUAUGAUGAUGAACCUGAUAAUGACUCACAGUCUGUGAUAAAGUAUGGAGAAUUGGAAUUAUUUUUGUGUGGUUUAGACUUAAGUCGUUUUGUAAGCUUGUUUCAGCAGCAACAUCUAGACUUUACCACAGUAUUGCAGAUGACAGAUGAGGACUUGAUAAAGAUGGGUAUUCAUCAGAUUGGUGUUAGAAAGAAAAUAUUGGAUGGUAUUAGAACUGUUCAUAAAAAGGAGUGGGAGACAACAAGUCUUCAACAAGUGCAAUACAACAAACAGAUAAGCUGUGCUGAAUCUAUUGCCAUGGUAGCUAACAUCAGUAAGCAUUGUAAAUAUAUUGGAAGCACAACUGGAUAUAUUAGGGACCAGAUUUUAAAGAAUCCAGAAAUUCUAGAUGUUCAGGAUGGGACAGGACCUGAAUUACUUUUGCAACAUACAGAUGAUACUAUGAAAAAUGUACAGUCACUAUAUACAGAACUACAGAAACUUAACAGAACUUUAAAUUUGCAAUUAAAACGAAAGGACUUCAAUCCUCCAGAUCUCGUUACUUUAAAGAAGAAGAAAAGUGGUUUUAGAAAAAGACGAUUAAUAAGCGUAUGUUGUGUGACCUUUAUAGUAGGACUAGCAUGGUGGAAAAAACAACCUAUAUUGGACUUUCUGUCACAAUAUGAUCCUGCCGAUAGAAUUUAAUACAUUAAUUUAAUUUAAACAACCGUGUACAAAUGAAGUUAAAAGAUGAGGUUAAGAUUUGCAGCAUAACUAGGACCAAAUUUUUUUUUUAAUAAACCUGAAAACUUUGGUUUUUAUGAUCAUGUAAAAUGUGUGUUUGAAUGGUGUGAACAACAACCAAUAUAGACUAAGAAGCAUUUAUUUUGUUUUUGUUUUUUUUUUUUUGUGUUUUUUUUUACAAUUGUUAUACUUUGUGUCGUCAUUAUAAAACAUUAUUUUAUUUACAAAAUUAUUUUUUUAAUCAUUAAUUUCAGAUAUUAAUGCAGAAUGUUACAUUAAAAUUAGAUUUUCUUUUUAAGUUAUCAGAUAAAAACUUUUUAAUUAAGAAAUAGUUGGUAGCCAUUUUAAUUAAGAAAUAGUUGGUAGCCAUUGAAGAUUUAAAUUAAAAAAACAGACGUCAGAUUAAAAUCCAACAAUUUAAUUGUGUUCUUUGAUAAAAUUAUGUAAAAAACGGCUUUUAAAUCUAACCGUUCUGUGUGUCAUACAUUUGUUUGUUUUGUCUAUCUAAACAAAACUCCACCAAGUCUUACAAUCAAUAUCACUAAUCACCAGUUGAGUUCAGUUUUCACUUUCCUAAUAUCUAUCAAAGAAUUGUCCCUUGAUUGUAUGAAGAAAAUUUAAAUCUUAGCUUUCCUUUACCAAAUUAUGAGCUUUGUUUAAUUAAUCAUUAUUCUGAAUAUUUUGUAAUAAAAUGUAACUUCACAGAAGAUGGAUGUGGAGAUCUUUUACUUGGGAUUACAUUCAUCUGUCAUUCUUUGAUGGUAUUUAUACCUGAAAUAAAGUUUGGGGUACACAGGAAUCAUCAUAAAAAUAAGAAGAUGUGGUAUGAUUGCCAAUGAGACAACCCUCCACCAGAGACCAAAUGUCGUAGAAAUUGACAACUACUGGUAUGUCUGUUUCUCUGAAUUUACUUCUUUGUCCUUUGUCCAUCUUAUUCAUAGUAGAGAUAAUGAACAUAGUAUGCAAACAUCACCAUCACCAGUAUUUUUAUAUUAGCGCUCUGUAGGAGAGUGGUAUACCUCUAUGUCUGUCAAUCCUAUUUAAUAUCCAUCUUAUUUUUCUCAGGAACUAUAAAUCAGAGCUUUCCAUAUUUGGUAGCCAGUUUCAUGGUAGCAUGCUCAACUAUGUAAUGUGUUUUCACUUUCAUUGUAUAUUGUAUGUUAUUUUUCAUGGGAAAUUUAUACAAGGGGAAAAUUUUUGACAGAUGUUAUGUGUUGUGGAAGGAAGGUUUGUUUAAAUUGUAGUUAAUUGUCCUUGUUGAGACUUACCUCCUUAAAUAUACUCAAAAGUUGAAUUUAAUCUAGUCAUUUAAAGUGGAUUCUAUGCACUCAUAUUUGAUCUUGAAGAACAUUGUUCUUUUGAAGAUAACCAUAAAUUACAAAUGAAGUAAUUUUAAUAACAAAUGUAUGUAUAAAUAUUGAAGUUUAGCCAAUCAAAUACAGAGAGUAGUUUUUUAUUAAUUUUUAUAUUUUGAAAUAUGAUAUUUUCAGUGCCUUUCCAAACAGAGGGCAUCUUUUUCUUUUUCUUACGCAAUACAUGUAGGAUGUUAUACCCUUUUUCAUUGUGGAAUCUAGACAUCUUUGCUGAAUUUUUAUUGAUUGUAUGAUUACUGAAUGAAAUAUUAUAAAUGUCAUUUAAUUAUUUCAUUAGUUGGUUUGACGACCAACCUUUGAAAAUAGAGGACAUAAUUACUGUCUCUAGUUGUUUGUCCAAAAAUUUGCCGAGAAGAAGUUAAGAUAUUCAUAAAAAGGAUACCAGGAAUCACUUAAAGUAUUGUUCAAUUGACAACAUCAGCAAACAUAUAGACUUCUCUGAAAAAAAUAAACUUCAAAUAAACUGAUUUUGGUACAGCCACAAAAUUUGGCUGGGUUUAACCAGUAAGAGAAUUGCUAGAUUUUGAUGUGGAAGGAUAUCAAGAUUAAGCUUCAUUUAGAAAUACAAAGAGGUAGUAUACAAAGUACCAUACUGUGGAUUCAUUUAUUUUCGUGGAUAUUUGAUUUCGUGGUUUUGUUAUUAUCUGUAUACAAAGCAUAUAGAAAAUUUGUAAUUCAUUGAACAUUUGAAUUCGUGGAUCACCUGUACCCACGAAACCCACGAAAAUAGACAAAGUACAUUUUGUAUGAAGCACAGAAGCGCUUCAUUCUAAAAAUGUGCCCAUGGUCAACGCUUUUACAACCCUAUAAAAUUACUAAAAGAAGCAUUCAAUACUUAAAAUUACAUUUUUUUCCUAGGAUCAUGAAAACAUGAUUUCUAUCAAGUUUUUCUUUUUUUACCUGUGCACUUUAUUGUGGAAGCUUGUGUCAUCAUGAACGUUACAUUUCAUUUUGAAAUGAAGGUUAAUUCCAGAAUGACGCGAGAUUGCUGUUAGCCAAUCAAAAUAACGUAUUAUAAUGAAACAUACAUGUAAUGUAAUUAUAAAAUAUUGUUAAAUAAUGAAGAUAGGUGUAGCUUUAGAUUUUUUAAAUGACUGAUUUAUGAAACAAAGAAAUAAACCAGACAAUGUUAUAAAUUUCUGUUGUUGAAUGAUUGUUGUAAAAAUUUUAUACAUUUGUAUGACAAUUGCAUUAUUGUGAACUCUGUCAUCUUUGACAAGAAAAUUUUUUGAAGUCCCUUCACUGAAAUGAGAUUUAUUGGAUUAUUUGAUAUCACAAAUUUCUAUUGAAUAAAGUUGAUUAACAAACAGUA